AUGCAUGUUCCCACAUCAGUACAUAACUUUCUAGACAAACCUCAUCUGGUAACUUUCCAGCUUGCUUGGUCUACAGCAAUUAUAUGUCUAAGUACUUUACAGUUUGGAUAUCAUUUAGCGGAAUUAAAUGCUCCUGAAGAUAUUCUUUCUUGUAAUUUCCAUAAACCUGGACCCUAUGCUAGUUAUGAAGAUACAAUAUGGUAUAAGUACAAUUAUAAACAAUGUAUACCAAUGAAUGAAAAAGGUAUUGCCCUUAUAACUACUAUGUUUACUGUAGGUGGAUUAGUAUCAUCAAUAAUUCUUGGUUCUACUUCAAUCCCUUCAAGAUAUGGUAGAAGAUAUAUGUGUUUAUUGAGUUCAUUAGGUUAUUUCUUUGGUUCUUUAAUUAUGGUAUUUGCAAAUAAUGUAUUCAUGAUUAAUUUAGGAAGAUUUAUCAAUGGUAUUGCCGCUGGUUCUUCAUUAAUUAUGUCUCCGAUUUUAAUUAACGAAUUAACUCCCAUUAACCAUCGGGGAUUCUUAGGUUCUUUAUUACAAUUAGCUGUCACAAUAGGGAUUUUCAUAUCACAGGUAGUUUCAUAUUUCUUUUCAAAUGAUCAGCAAUGGAGAAUCAUUUUUGUAUUCGCUACGAGUUUAGGAUUAUUGCAAUUUGUUAUGUUAUUUACGGUCCCAGAAUCUCCAAAAUGGAUGAUUAUGCAGGGCCAUGAUGUUAAGUCUGCUACAUCGAUUUUACAUGAUUUAAGAUCAGAUAAAUCUACUGUUACUUAUGAAAUCAAUCAUUGGAGACAAUUAUCAAUUAAUGAAAGAACUAAAGGUGAUAAUGAAAUACAAGAAACCACUGCACUUUUAUCAGAAACUACAGUAACUACAUCUGAAUUUAUGUUUGCUAAAAAGUAUAGAUAUCAAUUUAUUGCUGUUAUUCUUCUUAUGACUGCACAACAAUUAGUUGGUAUGAACGCUAUUACUUAUUAUGGAGUUAAGAUCCUUAAUAAUUUAUUUGGAAAUCACCAUGAAACUGGUGGUGAUCAAGUUUUAAUAUUAUCAUGUUCAUUCUCCCUUUGUAAUGUUAUUAGUGCUAUAUGUAUUUCACCAUUGGUUGAUAAAGUUGGUAGAAGACCAUUAGUAUUAUCUUCGAUCUUUAUGUGCAGUAUAUGUUCGAUUGUUAUUGGAGUUGGAAUAAUUAAUCAAUAUGAUAUUGCAGUAAUAACUGCAUGUUUUGGAUUUGUUAUUGGAUUUUCUAUUGGAUUGGGACCAAUUCCAUUCCUUAUGAUUUCAGAAUUAUCUGGUCAUGAAGUAGUUUCAAUCGCUCAGUCAGUUGGAACUUCUACAAAUUGGUUAGCCAAUAUUUUCAUCGCUUUUGGCUUCCCCAUCUUACAGAAUUCUAUGGGAGGAUCAGUAUUUUUCAUAUUUUUCACAACUAGUAUAGCUUAUUUGGUUGCGGUAUGGAGGUACAUCCCUGAAACUAAAGGAUAUAAUUCUGUACAAGAUGUAUGGGAUAAUUUCCUAAAAUAG